GCUCCUUUACCCGUGUAACGUUUUAUGAGUCUUCUUUCCAUCUUUGUAUAUAUACAUUAUUUAUGUCACGCGAUAUAAUACACGAAACCAUUUAAUUUUUUGUGUUAUUAAUUUUUAUGCACUUUUACUGUUAUACGAAUUUGAUGGAUAACAUAAUAUAGAUCUCGCUAAACAUUAUAUACUUUUAAUAAGAAUCAUUAUUUAUUACUAUCUGUCACUGCAUGAAAGGCCGAGGAUCUCGAAGUACUGUUACGCUCCUGUACACACUGAAUAACAAGUUGUACAAUUGUACCGAUACAUAUGUACUUUAUUCGAAAGUUGGUGGUCACUGACAAGAGUGCAUUAUUAAUCAUUCGCAUAAAUUUUUAUGUAACGUGUUAUGAAACGAUUAAGAGUAAUUCUGAGAAGUAGAAAGCUUACAGAUGUAUAAUAAAUACGUAUGGGAGAAUUGUAGUUUUAAAAUUUAUCAAUCAUAAAAUAGGUUAAACUGCUUGUCAAAUUUCCAAACUCACAAAUUUUGUAUACGCUCCGAAAAGUUUAAAAAUGUCUUUUUUACGUGGAUCAACAAAUUUUGUAUGGUGUACAACUAGCGUUCUUGGGAAAGGUGCUACUGGUGCAGUUUUUCAAGGUGUGAAUAAAAACAACGGGGAACCCGUCGCGGUUAAAACGUUCAAUCAGCUCAGUCAUAUGCGGCCACAUGAUGUACAAAUGCGAGAAUUUGAAGUCCUUAAAAAAGUAAAUCAUGAAAAUAUCGUUCAACUGUUAGCAAUCGAAGAAGAGCAAGAUGGACGUGGUACAGUAAUUGUUAUGGAGCUUUGUACUGGAGGCAGUCUCUUCAACAUCUUAGACGAUCCAGAAAAUACUUAUGGGCUAGCAGAGAGCGAAUUUUUAUUAGUCUUGGAACAUUUAACUGCUGGAAUGAAACAUUUACGCGAUAAUAAUUUAGUACAUAGAGAUUUAAAACCAGGUAAUAUAAUGAAAUUCAUUGCUGAUGAUGGUAGUACGAUUUAUAAACUUACUGAUUUUGGUGCUGCCAGAGAAUUGCAAGAAGAUCAGCAAUUUGUAUCUUUGUAUGGUACAGAGGAAUAUUUACAUCCAGAUAUAUACGAACGUGCAGUCUUACGUAAACCUGUUGGCAAAACCUUUGGAGCAACUGUAGACUUAUGGUCCAUAGGUGUGACAUUGUAUCAUGUAGCUACAGGAAAUUUACCAUUUAGACCGUUUGGUGGUCGUAGGAAUAAAGAAACAAUGUUUUAUAUUAUUACAAAAAAAGCAUCUGGUGUUAUAUCUGGUGUACAAACUUCUGAAAGUGGACCUAUCGAAUGGAGUAGAGAAUUACCACAAAACUGUCAGCUGAGUAUUGGUUUAAAAAAAAUUGUAACUCCAUUAUUAGCUGGUUUACUAGAGGUUGAUCCCCAAAAAAUGUGGAGUUUUGAACGAUUCUUUUCAGAAGUAACUGAUACUCUUUGCAGAAAACGUAUACACAUAUUUAACAUGCAUAAAGGAAGUCUCAUAAAAGUCUUCCUGCAUCUUGAAGAAAAGUUGACAGCGCUUCAAGUACAUAUACAAGAUCAAACUGAUAUUGCACCUCAUGCUCAGAUAAUUCUUUUUGGAGAUACAUUUUUAACAAAUAUUGUUGAAGAAUGUACUCCUGGAAAAGGUUAUCCAAAUACAUCUGAGAGCAAACCAUUAAUGUUAUUUUCUAAAGAAAACAAUAAUGUUGAUUUACCUGUGGAUUCAGAAUUACCUAAAUUCCCAGUAUUUGCAAAUUUAGUGUCUGUUGAAAAUGAUGCUAGUCAAGCAAAAGUAGCUUGUUCUGUAGGCUAUGUUUGCAAAAGAAGAAUCGACAAACUAGUAUUGUGUAGUAAACUGUCACAGGAUGCGAUCGAAGCUUUCAGUGGACUUGUCUCAACAGAACUCACAAGAUUAUUAGAAAAAUGUCAACAUUCCAAAGAUUUUACAAAAGCUAUAGAAGAUACAGUUGUAGCAAUAGAAAGAAGUGAAAAUCUCGCUUGGCAAAUUUCUAGAAAGCUUGGAAGUCAAAACACUUUAGAAAUGAAGAAUUGGAAAAAAGAAUUGGAUUUGAAAAGUAAAGAGCUUUUGACUGAAUUAGCACCUGCAGUAGUCCAGCUUCAUCAGAGGUACAUGAAGGAAGGUAGUCUGCGUGGAGAAUGGGACAAUAUUAUUCGUGGAUUGUGGUGUCCAUGGGCCAACAAAGCAAGCCAAAAGGCAUCAACUUUAGUUGACCGUUUACGAGAUGGUUGGCAACAUUUAUUAAGAGACAGAGCUACUCGUGGUCUCACAUACAAUGAUGAACAGUUUCAUGUUCUAGAACGAAUAAAGGUUACAUCAACGGGACAAAGAAUAAAGAAUCUUCUUGAAACAUUUUGUGUACCAUCUAUGAUAAGCCGAUCUGAAUGUGUUGCUGAUUGGUAUAAAAUGGCACAAACGGUUUUCCUACAAAUUCAAAUCUUAGACAAAGAUGUAGAUAAUUAUGAACAUAUAUUAGAAACGUAUUCUUAUCGCUUGUCCCAUGAAAGCAAGGAACGUUAUGAGAAUUUCUUACAUUUAAUAGACACAUUUCCGGAGAAAUUAAGAACUAUUGAAAAAACUAAUUUACCCGCUCAAGAAAGUACAAAAAAAUGGAAGAACAUGUGUGUCAUGCAGGAACGAAUUGCAAUGAUUCUAUAUAAAAAUGAUUUACUUAUAGAUCAACUUGAUCGUAUAUCAAAACUUGAUAGUCUAGAUGAUACAGAUGAUUCAGAGUAUACAUCACUCUAGCAAAAUGUUUCAUAAAUUUUAUUAUUUUUUUAAUGAGGAAAAGACUGUAAAUACCAAUACAUUUAUUCUAUUUAUCGUUUUGAUGUACCUAUAUGUACAACGCCAAUAAAUAUUAUUUGUAAAGUUAA